CUGUACUGAUGAUGAUGACUCUGUAGUUUCUUGGGAUUCGAAUAUCAUGACAAAAAUGGAAGGUGAAGCAGCAGCUAGUUUGACAUUAACCAGAACUAAUGUCGAAAACAACGCCCCGGCUCUUAGUUUUGAUUUAACAUCAUCUGGCACAGUUACUAGUGGCGACUACACUGUUCAGUCUCUGACUGUGACAUUUGCUGCAGGCAGCUCACAAGCUACAUAUUCAGUUACAAUUAAUGACGACAAUGUCCACGAACCUAGCGAAACGUUGGUCUUAACACUGCCGGCAAGUUCAGCUGGGAUGCAAUCUAUGGGAAUGAAAACCUUUACGUUGACCAUUCAAGAUAAUGACAGUAAAUAUGUGAAAUAAUUAACUAAUAGCCAUUGUUAACAGCAGUGUAUUUGUGUCCACGUAUAUGUAUUUAAUGAAGAAAAUUUACUGCAAUCAAAUCAAAUUGCCUCGAUCCCCCACAUGGUCUGCGUCUUGACCACAAGGAAAACCUUCAGAUGUUCGUGUCAUCAGAUCAGUGUUACAAUCACUGGUUAUAGUUUUCAUUCGAAAGUAAAUUAGUUGAGGGGAAUAUG